CACCCGAAACAGAGCACUUUGCACAGUCAGUUGGUUGCUGGUCUACCCGGCAGACGCUAGUGCUCCUGUCGUGGGAUCGUAGAUUGUGUGUGUGUGUAAGAGUGAGAUGUCUCUACUGACGGUAGAAAGAAACUCCCCGUCCCCUCAAGAAAGCGAUGCGGAGGAGACCCUGUCUUCGUCCAGUCACGAAGGAUUUGUGGCAAGAGAGCACUACGUCACUAGCCUUCCUCCGCGACCCUGGGCUUCUCUGGGGAGACAUGGUGGAGAGCAAUUACGAAUCUUCACUCAUCUCAAGAAGGUGAUAAAGUUACUCCGAAACUCUGACACCAUCAAACUAGCAGUAGAGUUGCAGAACUCGUGGCCACGGAAGGUGACCAAGCACCUGGUGUUGGUGGCCACCAACGGCUACCAGGACACCGAGGAGGCCAUUGUCCUCGGGACCGAGCAGGAAGACAGCAUGUGAGUUGGCUACGCUGUACAUUCCUGACCCUCUCUCUGAAAACUGAGCUGCUAAAUGCUCCAAGGCAAAGGGCCAAAAUCCCAUUAAAAAAACUUAUACACACUUUUUCAAACGUUGGCAGACACAUAGAGC